AAGGCCAUGUUUGCCAUAAAAACUUCUAUUGAGGAAGAAAUGUUGGAGCACAUCAGGUACGCUACCUCACCAAAAGAUGCUUGGGAUAUUUUAGCUGCUCGCUUUAGAAGGAAGAAUUAUACUCGGCUUCAAUUGCUGGAAAAUGAGUUGCUUUCCUCGAAGCAAGAAAAUAUGCCAAUCAGGAAAUAUUUCACAAAAAUCAAAUUAUUAUGUCGAGAAAUUUCAGAAUUGGAUGAAGAAUCCAAAAUUUCAAAUGAAAGAAUGAGGAGAAUAAUUAUUCAUGGAAUAAGGCUAGAGUUUAAGGCCUUUAUCACAGCUGUACAAGGUUGGCAAAUUCAGCCAACCGUGAAUGAAUUAGAAAAUCUGUUAGCAGAUCAAGAAGCACAAGGAAAGCAAGCAAUUGAAGGAGCACAAAAAACAGAGGAAGAAGCACUCUUCAAUGGACGAGGCCGAGGAAGAGGCAAGUACAAUACUAGAGGAGGUCUCUAUAGCACUAGAGGAGGAGCUAGAGGCAAAGGUAGAUUCCAGAGCAUCAAGUUAGAUCAGCCCAAGGAUGAGAGAUCUUGGAAGCAGCAAGAUAGGAGUUACCAUUCAGGGGGAGCUCAAGAAGGCCAAGAGGUAGAAAGUAGCAGCUCCAACAGUUACAAGAGACGUAAUGAUCUGUGUUUUAAUUGUGGAAAGAGAGGUCACUUUGCAAAAGACUGCAAAUACAAAAAGUGCUUAGUGCAAGGAAAUGUUGCUACCUCAAGAAAGGAAGAGAAUCACAGUGAAGAAGAAUGGGACAUGCAAGCUUCUUGUGCAACAGUGGAGAUAGAAGUCGAAGUUGAGGCUAACCAAGUGGCUUUGUCAACUUCCAACCAAAGUAGAGUUGACUAUAGCAAAAAUUGGAUAAUUGACUCUGGAGCUGCUAGUCACAUGACAGGAGAUGAGGAAAAGCUAUUGAACUUGUCAGAAUACAAAGGAAACAGAGUGGUGAAAAAUGUCCUCCAUGUAUCUGGGAUGAAAAAGAAUUUGUUAUCUGUGGCACAACUUACUGCUCCCGAAAAUUAUGUGGUGUUCGAACCGGAAGAUGUGAAGGUGUAUCAACAAUUAAAGAUUGAAGGCACACCGAUCAUGAAAGGAGAAAAGAAGAAUUCUGUUUAUGUGAUGUCUGUUGAAACAGCAUAUGUGGAUAGGACUAGCAAGAAUGAUACUGCUGACUUGUGGCAUGCACGUCUUGGGCAUGUUAGUUAUCUUAGACUGCAGCACAUCAACUUCCAUAUCAAGAGUCCAAGUUCAAGGCCAAGGAACCACUGCGCUGAUACACUCGGAUGUCUUUGGUUCAAAAAGAAAGUUGAGCAGACAGUUGGCAAGAAAAUUCAAUGCCUUCGAACAGACAAUGAGGGAGAGUAUACAUCAAAGGAAUUUUCAGAUUAUCUACAAGAUAAUCGUAUUCGGCGACAACUAACUUGUCCAUAUACUCCUCAGCAAAAUGGAGUAACUGAAUGGAAGAAUGGACACCUUGGAGAAACAUGUCAAAGCAUGUUGCAUGCUAAAAAUGUGCCACCUAGAUUUUGGGCAGAGUGCAUGAAGACUGCAGCCGAUGUGAUUAACAAGCUUCCUCAAGCUACUUUGGGAUUUAUAUCACCUUUUGAGAAGCUGUGGAACAUUAAGCCAGUGGUGAGUCAUUUUCGAGUCUUUGGCUCGGUGUGCUAUGUGUUUGCUCCAAAAGCUCAAAGGACCAAGUUUGAUAAAAAAGCAAUCAGAUGCAUUUUUCUUGGCUAUGAUGACGAAAGGAAAGGAUGGAGGUGCUGUGACCCGAAUACUGGACGUUGUUGUGUUUCUAGAAAUGUUGUUUUUGAUGAAGCAUCUUCUUGGUGGUCUCCACAAGAGGUAGUGUUGCCAAAUUCCAAGGAGUUGGAAGAAAAAGUACAAGAAAAAUUUGGAGAAGAUACUUGCAGGCUAUUGGAUACUCAAGAAGUUGUAAAGAAGGAAAAAGAGAUAGCUCCUGAAAGAACACCAAAUCCCAAGUAUGCUAAUAUUGCUCUUAUUGAAGCAAGUCUGGUGACCGAACCGGAGAACUAUGAGGAAGCUGCACAAAGUAUUGAAUGGAGAAAAGCAAUGGAAGAGGAGAUAGAAAUGCAAGCUACAAAAACAGAUGAGCAAGCCGUAGAUAUAUUCACAAAAGGGCUCAACGCUGGAAAGCUUGAAAAGUUUCGCAAGCAGCUCGGGAUGAUGCCAAGAAGCAAAGUCGAUGCUGAGGGGGAGUGUUAAAAUAUUCAUCACCGACUUGAGUUAAAAGGUGAAGAAGUAAAAGUCUUCUAGAAGCAUACAUUUUACUAUGAAGUAAAUUGAAGCCACACAAGAAUAUAUGAUGGAGAGAAAGCCACGUUACUUGUGUGUUUAGAUUUUUGUAUGUAUGGUAAAUUAAAAUAUUGCAAACAAA